AGCAGAGAGGGGUGGGGUGGGACAGAUAGGGUAGCAGCGGGGCAGUGUUCUCUUGAACCAGGAAGAAGGAAGUAACCCGACUCCACCAACGUGGCACCAUGUCCUCCUCUUCCUCCCUCCUCCUCCUCCUCUUCCUCCUCUCUCUGAGCGGGGUGAAGCCGACCUCAGGGUUUAAGAUUUGUGCCUUUAACGUUCAAAGCUUCGGAGACUCCAAGUCACACAACACUGAAGUCAUGCGCACAAUAAUACGGAUCGUGUCUCGUUGUGAUGUGUGCCUGCUACAGGAAGUGAGAGACAGUAAACAGAAAGCUAUACCGCUGCUGAUAACUGAACUGAACAGGCAUGACAGCCAGAACCAGUAUGAUUAUGUGGCCAGUGAGCGGCUGGGCAGGACACCUAGCUACCAGGAGCAGUAUGUGUUUGUGUUCAGAAUCGGCUCUGUGACAGUAACGGAUCAGUACCAGUAUCUUGACAUGUUGCGGGGAGACGAGGAUGCCUUCUCCAGAGAACCCUUCAUAGUCCGCCUUCACACCCGCAAGACAGCCAUACGGGACUUUGUUUUAGUACCCCAGCACACCACUCCCACCAACGCUACUAAAGAGAUCGAUGCCCUCUACGAUGUCUUCCUGGAUGUCAAGAAGAAAUGGAAGACAGAGAUGGUGAUGUUCCUAGGGGAUUUUAACGCUGACUGUGGCUACGUGGCCAAGAAGAACUGGCAGCAUGUUCGUCUCUAUAGUAACCAGGCCUUCCUGUGGCUGAUCGGAGACGCAGAGGACACCACCGUUAGAGAAACAACCACCUGUGCCUACGACAGGAUCGUGGUCCACGGGGAGGCAUUUGCAAAAGCCAUCGUGCCCCAGUCCGCACAACCUUUCAACUUCCCCAAAGAAUACGGCCUCACAGAGGAACAGGCCCUAGACGUCAGUGACCACUACCCAGUGGAGGUCGAGUUGAAGGCGGGGUCAGAACAUUUGGGAGGCCACACCCUUCUGAUCGUCCUCAUGGCCUUCUUCAUCUCCACCUGAACCUGUGCAUUGCGUCAACCCAUGGUUGUGUCCCACGUCAAGCAUCAGAUGGCUAUACUGUAUCAUAUGAUGUAUACUGAACAAAAACAUAAACACAACAUGAAAACAA